GUUAGAGAUUAAAUCGCUUGGCUGACAUUUGCAAAGUGUCGAGAGCUGACUCUGACAAGAAUAAAGUGGUAGAAUAGAAACACACGCGCGGCAGAGAGCCACCACAUUUAGAUUUGCCCAGUCGCGUUUCCGUGUCAACGUUAAACUGGUCAAAAAUUAUCAUAUUCUAAGUAAACCCGUUUUAUAGCCAUAACAGUGGAAGUGUUGCCAUGAAUACGGGAAAAAAUAAGAAGAAAAACCGCCCCAAUAAGCCUCAAAGUCAACCGGCACAGAAUCCUGAUAGUGAAAAGGGUGAAAAUGUGACAGAAAAAAGUGAAAAUGUUUCGAAAGCCGAAGAGAGAGUUCCUGAAAUAGUGAGUGAAGUUGUAGUACCUCCUGUAGCAGAGAAAGAAAAUACUGGAAAUGAAGGACCGAAAAAACCGAAACGAAACCGGGGUAAGAAAAAGGGCGAUAAAGAAGAUUCAAGUGAAAUCCCUGUUGAAACUGUAAGUUUGUCUGAAGACAUCAAAACUGAUAACGUUCAAAAAGACAUUAUAAAACCAGAUAAAUCCACAGUCGCUGAUACGAAAAUUGAUGCAACUAAUCAGCCCGUGGAACCGACUGCAAGAAAAAAGAAAGGCAAGAACAAAAAUCAAGAAACAACAAAAAUAGAUGAAACAGAAAAAUCUACGGAACUCGAAAUCAAUCCAAGUGAUAAACCUAAAACUGACAUUAAGGAAAGUGAGUUACUAGAAGGUGAGAUAAAGCCAGCAAAGAAAAAAAAUAAGAAAAAUAAAAAACACCGCAAUGAUUCAGAAAGAUCAGACAAGGCAGAUGAAUUAACUUGCACUUCAGCUUUUGAAAUGAUAUUACAAACAAAAACCGAAAGUGAGCAAAAACAAGAGGAGGUAAACAAAGAUGAUGUAAAAUCUGUUGCUGUGAGUGACAGUAGCAUAUCUGAACCGACAGUAAAAGAAGUAAAAAAAGCAAUAGCUGAAAAUUUGUCAGUUGACACAGCUGUCCCUAAUGCUAAUAAAAAUAUUAUUAAGGAGAGUGCUAUAGAAGAUACAUCUAAUGAUAAUGUUCCUAAAAAUAAAAAGAAGAAUAAAAAAGAUAAAAAACAUUUUUCAUCAGCAGAUGAAAAUGUUCAAAGCAAUAUUUUGCCUCAAAAAGAAAUUAUAAAGUCAGAGGAAAAUGAGCAAAAAGAUAUUUCGGACUCAGAUUCUAAGUCAAUACAUAAAUGUGAAAUGAAAGAAAUGCCUGAAUCAGACAUUCUACCCGUAACUGAAAUAUUACCUUUGAAAGAGUCUACAGUUUCUGAAGAAUCAGACGCAAAGUGUAAAGCCAAGAUUGCUAAACCUGUUGAAAAGAAAAACAAAAAUAAAUCUAUUGAAAUAGAAUCGAAACAAGAGAGUCCUAAGAUGGCUGAAUCUAAAAAAGAUGAAGCCUAUCAACUAAGUGAAUUAGAUAAAGAAUACAGUAAAAUUGACGUAUUCAGUUGUGAUGUCCCCAAAGUUACUGAAACAAUUACUGAAAUUAAAACUGACGUACAAACGACAUUACCUACAUCAAUAGCGGAAGAUAAACCUGAAUCUGCAGAAAAUAAAUCUGAAGAGCUUGAAGGCGACUCUGUUAGUACGGAUUCGUUUGAAGUAGUCAAGCAUCCCAAGAAAAAAGGGAAAGGCAAAAAUAAUACUUUUAAUAUUGAUGACAAAGCUAUGACACCAGAAAAAACUGAUAUUAUCACUUCUGAUACCGAAAAAAAGAGAGAAAAACAAUUUGACGUAGCUCGUCCUCCUUUUGAUAUCACCAAACCAUUUGAAACUCUAGAAACAAGUUUAAAUAUAAUAGAAGAAGUGCCAGAAUUGACUACUUCCAAGAAUUUAUCAGAAACAGCACUAAAAUCUGAAGAAAAUAAAAACAUCAGUCCGAUUACUACAGAAAUCAAACAAAGUGAAGAAAAAAAAGCGACAGAAGUCAUGAGUAUUCCAGAAGAUAAAUCCAAUAAAAAACGAAAAAAGUCUCCAAAACCUUCGAAAAAACAGGAAACCUUCAUCAUACCUGAAGAAAAGAAUUCCGCUGUAAUUGAACAGAAAAAAGAAACAACUGAGACUGCUUCGACAGAACCCCCGAAGAUAUUACCAGAAAGUGAAAUGAUUGAAUCAGUCAUGACUCAAAGCGGUGGCAGUGAGAUAACUCCAGAUUUAAUAGAGCAUCCACGGUCAACCAGUGCUGAUAUUAUCGACAGUAAUAAUAACAAUAAGACUGUAAUUCAAGAAGUGAAUUUACCUCAAACAUUACACAUUCCCUUCGUUAUUCCGGAUACUCCAUAUAUACAAGGUUCAGGGGAAACUCCUUCACCGAUUGUUAUAGCUACUUGCGUACCAAUAUCUGAGAAAGAACUUCAAGAACGUCAGAAAAAAGUUCCUAAAAAGACAGACUUAAAAUCUCAAGUUAUGGAAGUAAAUAAAGAUAUGGAGGUUUUGAGAAGGUCCAUUGAGAGGUCAUUAGCUGAAUUUACAGCUUUAGAAAAAGGAGAGCAAGAGGUAGAAGACAAAUAUGCUGCUCAGUCACUAGAAAUGAAGCAAGAUAAAUCGAAACUAACUAUUUUGGACGAGACGAUCAAAGAGCAAGCCCAGGUCACAGGUACGACCAUUACUGAACAAGAUAGUGUUUCCACUGAUAAUUCAACAAAGAAAGAGAAAGAAGAAUCAGCGUCCACUCCAGAACCACCGGCAAGAAAAGACAACAAAGGUAAAAGUAAAUCAAAGAAAAAGGGCAAGCAAGAGAGUCAGCAGCAAACUACAACCGCUACUGACACAACAACCAGUACUUCAGUGACUGAGAAAAAAGAUACCUCAUCACAAGAAUCAAAAAAAGAAAAUAAGACUGAACAAAAGGAAGACAAAUCUUCAACAGGUCAAGAUAAAGGAAAACAAAAAACACAAUCAUUAAAAGAUGAAAGUGAUAAUACAGAACAAAAGUCUAAGGAUACUCAAGAAACUGAUUUACACGAAUUUGAUCCUAUUGUUAACUUUGAAGAUGCCAUGACUUCAUCCUCAAGCGUAGAUGAUGUCAAUAAAUCAUUUGAAAUCAUUGUGAACGAUGGUUUAAAUGACUCAAAUACAGAUGAAACGUCAAAUUUUCGGAACAAUCCUGAAAUAAAUGUAACAGCGCCAGAUGAACAUGAAAAAGCAAAAGAAGAAAAGCAACAAAAAGAAAAUCCAAUUGUUUCGCAGCCAAAAAACUUGCUAGGCCAUCCCGUUAUUCCUGCACGAUCGAAUAAAACUGACUACAAAAAGGAAAAAAAUAAACCACCGAAUACAAAACUAGCUAGAGUGAAAAUAAAAGACGCAGAUGAAAUUGACAAAGGCAUUAAGCAAUCGAAAGAAUCGCAGACUGACAACAAGCCGAAAAUUUUGAAAGACAAGAGUACAAAUGAGUCAGUUACCUGUGUAACUAGUGAAAACGAUGAAUAUGUGUACAAGUACAGUUUUAGAAAGGUUUUUCUGUCAAGCAACUGCCACGUUUGCAAGAAAGAGCUAAAGGAAUCCAGGGUGCCCUGUAACUUUUGCUAUGUCACCUUCUACUGUAGCGAGAAACAUAAAGAUGAUGACUAUGAUCAGCACCAAUCGCUUUGCUUUGCUAUCUCCACGAUUAUUCGCUUGAAAGGUCUAAAGCACAUCUACGCGGACUCGCAAGGCGUCACCGGUCACAACUACCGGCUGCUCCGCAUGCAGACCAUAGUCUCUUGUGAGAAGAUCCUCAAACGCAAGCUCCUGCCGUGGGAGCAGGAGGCCCUGUUGUACCCGAGGGUCUGCGCUGAUGUCGGGUGUAGAGAGUGGAGGCAGGGGCAGCUGAAGGAUUGCGAGCUUUGUGGCCAGAUAUCGUACUGCAGUGAACACCCAGAGCAUCUGCCCAAGAGCCACGCUCGCUGGUGCAAGUCCUACUCUCUUUACCAGAAGCUGGUGGUAUACCAGCUGACCCGCGGCCGCCUCGACCCGCGGCUCCCUGGGAGACUCAUGAAGGGAGAGAGGAUCGGAGAUAACAUCAAUAGACUACUCGCUGACAUGUAUGACGAGAAAAUUGACAUGACCGACAUGCAGUACGCGGCGCUCACCCAGCUCGCGACGGCGCCGCUCACCGCCGCGCACUGCUACCAGCUCUACAGCGAUAAGAUGAAGACUGUCGCUGUCAACGGGAACGGGGUUCAUAAGUCCCCAACAUUCACAAUCCACGUGGUGGGAGCGGAACUUCAAUUCGAGGCGGAUUCCCUCAACAAGUGGGAGACGUUCUUCCUUCACCUGCGUCCAGACGUGGCGACUCUCAGGGUGGUGCUGGUGGGGCCUGAGCUGAACCCUUCGAACUUGCCGGUGGACCUGCUUGGGAAGAUCAAACUCUGCCCGACAUGUCGCGUGGAGAAGCGUCGCGUGGUAUUCCACUUCCACGACCGUCAGUUCUACCACCAGUACGCCACUAGCGAUGACUUCACCAGACCCGACAUCGUUUGCGCUUUCAACCCCUCCAUCAAUCGCUCGUCCAGCUAUGACGACACCUGGUCAUCCACCAUCAACUGUAUCUUCAAGCUCAAGGUCCCUUUCGUCAUCACAGCCUACACCAUGAACGAAAUGCUAAGGGAUUUCACCUCUAUCAAGACUAGCUCUAAGGUCGAAUUUAAUACUGUCUCUGAAGCUAAGUUCAAUCCUUUUGCCAGUGUCAGGCCCGAUAGGAAUUUUAUCAGCGAUGAUGAGAUGCCUUUGUUGUUUAAGAAUUAUUGCUAUAUGGUGCUUAUUGGUGCUUUUUGAAUCGAUUUUAGGAAUUAUACUAUUGUUCUAAUAAGAUUUUGGAUCGAUAAUAAUGUUUAUGGCAAUACUGAAUC